AUUCCCAACUAAUUCUAUUCUUACUCAAUAAUCUCUCUCUUUCUUUGAGAAAGACAGACAGAGUACUUAGUGACAGUAAUAUGGUACAAUCAAAGAAGUUCAGAGGUGUCAGGCAACGCCACUGGGGCUCGUGGGUUUCUGAGAUUCGUCAUCCAUUACUGAAAAGAAGGGUGUGGCUUGGUACAUUUGAGACAGCUGAAGAGGCAGCAAGAGCCUAUGAUGAGGCAGCAAUUUUAAUGAGUGGCCGUAAUGCCAAAACCAACUUCCCUGUGGUUACGAGUAAUCAAGAAGGCAUUAGUAAUGACAAGUCUUCAUUAUCCUCUCCUUUGAGUACUAGUGCACUAUCUUCCUUUCUUAAAGCAAAGCUUCGCAAAUGUUGCAAGUCUCCUCCUUCUCUCACUUGCCUAAGGCUUGACACUGAGAAUUCUCAUAUUGGGGUAUGGCAAAAGCGAGCUGGACCGCGCUCUGAUUCAAAUUGGGUUAUGAUUGUUGAUCAGCUUGGAAAAAAGGAUGAAGAAGAAGCCAAGCCUAAACUGUCUUCGUCAGAAACAACAGAAAUAUUAAUAGGGCAAGAAGUUGGCCAUGUUGGUGGUGGUAACGAUGGUCGUGGCGGCAGCGGCGGCCGUGAUAGUUUAGAUGAGGAGCAGAGGGUAGCAUUGCAAAUGAUAGAGGAACUACUCAAUAGGAACUGAGGGAGCUAAAGUGGGUUGAUAGCAAGGACAUUAUGCUGGACUAGUCAAUAUUAUUAGUUCCAUGUGAAGUUCCUUUCCGUUGCAUAUUUUUCUGCAUAUUUUUCUGCUUGUUUUUCCAAAGUUGGAGUAUGUUGAUUUAAGUUCAUAAGGAGGGGAUAUUAAUAUUUUCUAUAUACAUAUAUUUUACCAAUUUAUGUGUAUGAUUAAGACCCUCCAUUGUUAUUCCUUUGUGUAAGAUAUUUUGGUUGAUAUAUAUAUUGGUUUAUUGAAGAAAAUAAAUGGAGUGGGGACAUUUUAUUCUC